CGCCACUCUCCUCACUUAGCACAACACACACACAACGCACUACACUCUUCUUUACACACACAGCAACAACUUCAAAAAGAAAAAAAAGAAAAGAAACAUAAAGAAAGAAAGGGGAAGAAGGAAGGGGGACCGAGGAAGGAAGGAGAGGGGGAGAAGAGUGAGGAGGUGCGGUAGGUGUCACUGCCACCAUAGCCGUCGCUGCUGACAGAGGAGAGAGGAGAUCUGAGAGAGAAGGAGAGUGCCGCGAGGGGAGCCGCCGCGCCGUUCAGGACCGCCAUCGCGUUGCAUCGCCAUUUGCGCCAGCGCCGAGGAGACUGCGCAGGGAGGAGAGAGAGCGAGAUCUGAGGCCGAGCUGAGGUCCAACCACCGCGUCGGAGACCUUUUCGUGUCGCCAGCGUCGCAAUCAUCGUGAAAUCCGUCGCCGCCGCUGCUGUACCCGCGUCGUCGUCGUUCUCAUCAUGGAGUCGGUUGCCGUCACUUAUGGCGGAGCCAGAGAGAAAGAGAGAGCGAGCUCGGGAGCAGAGGAUAGAAAGGAGAGACCCGCGCCAGCCACCACCACUUCUGCCGCUCAAAACCCUGCUGCCGCCGCCAGGGAACGCACUGUUGUCAUCCGCCGCCAUUGCUUGUUAUUCUGACACCAUUGUUGCCGCCGUUCUGGUCACCGGGUGUGGCGUGGGUGAUCACCGGAACCACCAUCGGAGUUACCGUUAUUUCAGUUCAGCCGUUCGUCCUUGUUUGGCAUCAAGGUGCUACGUCAUCACCGGAGCUACCGUUGCUCCGUUUUCUCGAUUAUUCGUAAGCCCAAUAAGUCGUUCCUUGUUCCAAACUCUUUUAGUUACUUUUCUGUUAUAGAUUAUUAAGUUUUAUGCGACAUUAACGUUUUAGGAUUGAGCUAAGGCUAUGUUUAGAGGCUGUGGCUACUGCGGGGACGGUCGGUAUUGAUGCUGUUGCUGUGGGAUAAGAAUAGAAAUGCAGUUUGUCGCGUAGUUGAAUCGCGAACGAGGUAGGGAUUUUUCUUAAAUUCUAUUUUAUAUUACAGAGUUGUUAUAAAUAGAUAUUGACGCAGAAAGAUAUACUUUUGUGAUUAUAUUUGUCUUGUGAAUGUGAUGGUUUGUUAGACUGAAUUAUUGGCUGCUUGAUUGCUUGAGUGAAGUACGGUUGUUGAUAAAAAAUGGGUUUGAAAAGUUAUUUACUUAAUUAUUAUGAAAAGUGAUUUUUCUUGGUUUGGAGUUAAAGCGGUUUGAUUUUGAGUCGGUCUGAUUUUAUAAAUGAUUUAAUACUUGAGCUGGUUUGAUUUUAAAAAGAGUUUUAUUAUUGAAAUUGGUAUGAUUUGAGAAUAAUUUGAUAUUGGAGCUG